UAUAAAUAUCUGAAGUUUGGGUAGAUGACUUCUCAAAGCACACUUAGCGAUUUUCACUGUAAGGGUAGAGAUACUGCCUUUGUCACAGAUAUCUUGUGUUCAACAUAACAGUUAUUGGAAUAAAAAAAAAAACUUGAGAACAAAUUAAGGAAUUCUAGCCACCUAAAAAUCUUUUUUUGGUUGACUUAUCACAGUGUCUUCUAGGAUCUACAAGAAUUAGACAAGUAGAAUCUCAUCCCCACCAUAGAAACUUGUUUCCAAAGAAGAAAAAAAUCUAACAUUUUAGAGUUCAUCUGAAGGCCUGUGAGGGUAUGAGAAACUCAAAUGAAAAAUAGAGUACAAGAAGUCAGUUGCUCAUUUUACUGUGACCUGGGAUAUCUUCUGAAUUGUAAGAUAGAGCCAUAUAGCCCACCCAUACCUUUUUUUUUUUCUGCAACAGAGUUGAGCUCAGUUGCAAAACAUAGCCAGUCCAGUAUAUUUGUCCACAGAGACAAUUUGGUGAGGCCAUUUGUUCAUGCAUGCAAAACCCCCUCAUAUUUAAUAAACUUAGUACAAUAUCCUGCAUUUACACUAGCCCUACAUUCAGUUGUAUCACCAUAAAUGCCUUGUUGCUUUCUGAAGUUUGAUGUUGUUCCAAACAUCUGUGCUGAAUGGAUGAGUUCAUGUUACCUUGGAAAGUCUCCUGGGAAAAGCCAAACUGCAGUAACUUCUUCUCUACCUCCAAAGGAAUUUUUUUGAUUAUUUGAGGCUUAUCCAAAAGUUCCUCCUGAUUCCCAAGGAGCAGUGCUUAGGAAUGAUGUGUAGUGGGGGAUUAUCUUGUACAGGUUAAUACUAUGGAUAGUCAUAUGAGUUAACUGACUAAUUUCCAGAAAGUUUGUUUGGUCUAGCUAUGUUCCAUGUGCUUUGCAACAGAGAUGAAAAUAACUGACCAAAAUACCAAAGUGGUGAUAAGGGCAGCCUUUAAAGCACUGAUUUGCUGUAUUUAUCACCAUUUGACCCCCCCGGCCACACAGGAAGGAACUCAGCCCUAGAGUGAAGUACAACAUCACUACCCGUUUCCUUUUUAGUAAGUAUUAAAAGGACUCUUCCUGUCAGGUUAGUUAAGCUGAAGAGAAGCAAUGCUAUUAAAAUGAGUUGCUUCUCUGGUGAAGAUAAUCCUGUGUGUUUGUUGCUGGCAUGUGAAACAUAACUGUGAUUCAGUCAUGAUUUCUGUAGCUAGAAAAUAUGCAGUAUAUUUCAAGUACCCUUAUUCCCUGUUGGGCAAACAGAACACAUGCUUAUGUAAGGAAAUUUGUUAUAAAAUUUUCAACAAGGCAUUAAAAAGAGGAAUUUGUAAGAAAAUACUAUGAACAAUCACGUUAAGACCUGAUUGCACGUAGUUAAUCUUGUGAUAUUAUUGACUUCUCACUAUUGAUUAUAGGUGACAAAGUAAAUAGACUAAUUGCAUCAUCUGUCAUUUGGGAGUUUGCAUUCAAGCCUCUUUGCUUUAAUCUGCUUGGAAUGAUUUAUAACGAAGUUACUGCUGUCUUAUUUAAUAGCUAGAUCUGUGUUGGACCAGAUUAAUUACUUUACAAUGUCGUAAAUGUACAUGUAAAGCUUGUAAAUUAGAUCCUUGCUGAAAUCUUUGGGAGAGGUUUGAAUUAUGUGCUGUGAAGUGUUGAUGAAACAAUCUUUUUCAGUUCAUUUUAAUCUUCUGUCAUUGCUGUAUACAGUUUACAAAAUUAUUGAUUCCUUGAAAGCUGGAAGGCAAAAAUAUCACAGGUGAACUUAAAGCUAAUUCUAAAGUAAGUAAAAACUGGUGGUGGGAAAAUGCAUAGCAUUCUAUCCUGUAGAGGCCCUUCUUCUUUACCCUUUUUGUCCUCAUCUGAGAGCAGAUCCAAAAAAGGAGUUGUCUUUGCAGCAGUUAACUUCCAGUACUUGCCCUGACCGAAAUUCGGCACAUGUGUUAGGUAUGUGGGUUGCUUGUGAAGUUCAUGGAGAUAAGGUGAACUUCAGAAGAGGAGCAGCGAGCAGCCUGCAAAUAGAGCACUUACUGUACAGCUAGUCAUUGAGGAUGCUCCAAAACCAGGAAUGGGUCUUGCAUGUUUUAGCCAGUGGUGGUUUAAUGUAAAACAUAGAAACAGCUGUGAACUUGAGUGUUGGCCUGCUUCUGAAGUGAGUGUGCUGGCUGCUAGCUGCUUUGCUUCUGGACCCAGGGAUCCUGGAUUGCUUGCUACUGUCAUGCGUGGUUUCAUGACUCAAAGGUAAUGCUAGUCAGAGGAUCACAGAAAGCCUGUUAAAUAUGGCUGGUGUUUCUCUUCUGAUUCUGUAUAGUGCUUCAUUCAUUUCAUCAUCUUUGGGGUAGUACAGAUUUUAAACUAUAUAGUACAGAUCUAUUUUUUCAGCUUGCGAAUGUGCAUCUAACACCUGCAGUAUGAUAUUACAAGCUGUUGUCUUGCACUGGUUUCUAAGAUAUUUAGAUAUUUCUUUAAGGAUUAUGCAGAAUUUAUUGUUAAGUGUGUUUUACUUCACCUGGAGUGAUGGGGACAUUAUCAGCCAUGGUUGUGGUACAGUUGUAUGUAGCCAGCCUUCCAAACUGGGUGUUUUUUCCCUUGUGCAUAGCAAUAACGGGUUUGUCUGACAAUGCUUCCAGACUUUUAAUUUGUCCUGUGUCUUUUUAAACUCUUGUAUGAAGCUCAGCUGUUUACACUUUUAGUAAAUCUCUUCAGCAUCUCUUUAUGAAUAAUUUAUUUUUACAGAUGCAUUUAAAACCAUCCCUUUGUUAGGGAAGGGUCUCCUGCCUCUCUGCAUACUGGAGUUGCAAGGUUUUGGGGUUUUAAGGGUUUCCAAAUGAUGUCUUAGCUUCCUCUCUCUGAAAAUAUUUGCUUUAUUUUUUUCCAGUUUGACUUGUUGCCCUGGUUUAUUCUCCUUCCAUUUAUUUUGUUUGCUAUUUCUACUUUCCUGUACAGUAUUUUGUUGACAAAACUCUUGGCUUGGUGUUGAAUAAAUUACCUUCUCUCUGUGCUGGCUCUUGCCUUCCUGUCAUAGCUAUUUUGAGUUUAAGUACUUGUUAGGUUCCCUACCUAAGGAUAAAGUCAAAUGAAGUGUGAGCUAAUGUACUAGCGUGCUGUUGCCAGAAGGGAGAUGUUCUGUUUCUUCUACAAUCCCCUUCCUACAUCUCCCAUCUUUGAACUUCCCCUACUUAUUCUCUGGCACUCAGCAGACUCCUGUAUGCAUUGAUUCAGCUUACUGGUUGCAGAACAUAAACCCAGCUGCAUUAGGGAAUUAAAUCACCUCAGCAAAAAGUCCAAAGAGUUAAAGAUGGCUAUGCAGGAUCAUGUGGGAGAGAAAGACAGACCUGUGGUGUCACUGAGCAGUUAGAUUGGCUUGUAUAAUUUCACGUUAGAAAUGUAAUUUGAUAAUAGAUUUAACUGCUCUCAGUUGGGGCUGCUCCACCCUCAGCUAUGUCUUCCCCUCUGUCUUUUGCCAUCACAGUUAUGUCCAUGUCUCUGCAAUGGAACAAUUCAGGGAACUGAACUGGAAAGAAGUGACUUUUUGUCAAGGUUAGUUUUCAUCUAGUUUCAUUACCUUACCAGCAGUCUGGGUAGCCACUGGAGCCCCACUGGAAGGAAGAGGGUCUGGAAGGCAUGGCUGAAGGCAGGGGAAGCAGCAGUGUCACAUAAUCAGUUCAUGCUGUCUUAGAACUGCAUCCUUACCGAGGCAGUAGCACAACGGAGGGUGAUGUGUGCUGAGGACUUGCUUACUUGACAGUAUUGUGGUUAGAUAGGAUACUUCAUUCCCUGCAAAACUUUUCACUGUGACAUGAUCAUGAUCCACCUGUGUCCUUUAUAACUGGGUAUUUAGUAUGAAGAAAUGGGUUAUCAAAUUUCUUUCCAGGUGAAUAGAAGUUAAAUGAAAAUGUAGAAGCCUGCUGCAUGAGCAGUUUCAGUUCUGUUUCUUCUGCAGUUUGUAUGAAAUAACAAACAGUUCAAAAAGGGGCAAGUCAGUGCAUGUACAAUCCUUUGGGAGCACCUUGCAAGAUAAGCAAUCUGCUUGAGUGACGACAUAAUUGAAAUGGAGAGCGAGAAGUAAACAAAAUCUAACUUAAAUUGUGCAAAUGAAUGAAGAGGAAGGGAAGCUGACUUGUGAAGCAGGAGAGCUUGGACUUUCAUCGUCUAGUCAGCGCUGACAGAGAGCGAACUCUUAGUAGUUGGGGAAUGACAGUGACUGGCAUGUGUUUUCAGGGUUGGAAUGAAAAUAUCCCCAAUAAGUUGGGUCGAAUGGAUGAGGAAAUUGCAUACAAACUCUUCGUAUAUUCCCUUACUUUUCUUUGCAUUCUGAUAUGUGGGGGAAACCGCAACAAAACCAAUUUGAAGAGAGCAGACUUUCAGGAUCUUCCCCGUGUGUGUCCUGAGCCCCUGCCUUUAAAAUCACUUUGAAAAUUUGUAAACUGCAACCUGCACCCUGGAUGCCAGCAUUGAGUGGGCACUGAAGUGUUGAUCAGUGUUGGUUACCUGACAAAGUGUGGGCCAGGUUUGACCAGCAAGCCAGAUCCCUCCAAGUGGCCAACCUUUUGCCUUAAAGAGGACAUAAGGGACGCUUUUACGUGAUAGAAUGGAUGAACAGUCACAAGGCAUGCAGGGGCCUACUGCUCCACCAUUUCAGCCACAGAAAGCCUUGCGACCCGACAUGGGCUAUAAUACACUUGCCAAUUUCCGAAUAGAGAAAAAGAUUGGCCGUGGGCAGUUCAGUGAAGUUUACAGAGCAACCUGCCUGUUGGAUGGGGUACCAGUGGCUCUGAAGAAGGUUCAGAUAUUUGAUUUAAUGGAUGCCAAAGCCCGUGCUGACUGCAUCAAAGAAAUAGAUCUUCUUAAGCAACUGAAUCAUCCAAAUGUAAUUAAAUAUUAUGCCUCAUUCAUUGAAGACAAUGAACUGAACAUAGUGUUGGAAUUAGCUGAUGCUGGAGAUCUCUCUAGAAUGAUAAAGCAUUUUAAGAAACAGAAGAGGUUGAUUCCUGAAAGAACAGUUUGGAAGUACUUCGUUCAGCUUUGCAGUGCCUUGGAACACAUGCAUUCUCGUCGUGUUAUGCAUAGAGAUAUAAAGCCAGCUAAUGUGUUCAUUACAGCUACAGGGGUAGUAAAGCUUGGAGACCUUGGACUUGGUCGAUUUUUCAGCUCCAAAACCACAGCUGCACAUUCUUUAGUUGGUACACCUUAUUAUAUGUCUCCAGAGAGAAUACAUGAAAAUGGUUACAACUUCAAAUCUGACAUCUGGUCUCUAGGCUGUCUUCUGUAUGAGAUGGCUGCACUGCAGAGUCCCUUUUACGGUGAUAAAAUGAAUUUGUACUCCCUGUGCAAGAAGAUAGAACAGUGUGACUACCCACCUCUCCCUUCAGAUCACUAUUCAGAGGAACUGCGACAAUUAGUUAAUAUGUGCAUCAACCCGGAUCCAGAGAAGCGACCAGACAUAACCUAUGUCUAUGAUGUAGCGAAACGUAUGCAUGCACACACUGCAAGCAGCUAAACAGACAUCAGAUCGUGAAGAAAAGAGCAGAAAUAACCAAGUAUUUUAAAUAAAUCAUCCCACCUCUGUGUGUGUUAUAGAAAUGUAAUUAUUUGAAGCCUGCUGUUGUGCUUUGAAUUGUAAACCAAUUUAUAUACAAGCUUUGUUGUUUUCUGUUUAUUUCUAUUUUUUGUAUUUUUUACUAACUUGCAGUUGUACAAUAGGUUUAAAUAUGUAAAGCGUAACUUUAAAAGAUACCGAGAACCACUGUUUUCCAUGUUAAGUGGGUUCAAGUAUAUUUACUUUAAUAACAAAAUUGUAUUCAGUUGGGCCUCAAUUCUAAAACACAGUUGCACUUUUGCACAUGAUACAGAUAUUAGGCUUAUUAUCCAGAAGCAAAAUGUCUGAAUCUCUCACCUUUUUAGUAAUUUAUGGAAAGUAUGAAUCAACACAGUUAACUUUAUUUUAAUCUUUGUUCUAAGAGGAACAUAAUUAUUAUAGAAGGUUAUUGUAUUUUAUAUUGAAUUGUAGUUUGCAGUUCUCCGUGUAACAGUAGACAGGCGAUAAGAUUAGUUCUCUGCUUGCCAAAUGUGAUGGGAAAAUAGUUUCAGGAAAAAUUGUCAUGCUGAAAUUUUUGUAACAUCCCUUUCUCUUUUGCUAUUCUGUCAUAAUGCACAUAAAACAUUUGUUGGAGGUUUUCUGGGAAAAUCUAAGGUGUUGGUUCUGCAAUCUGAUCGUUUUCAACAGCAUUGUGCAGCACUGCCCUGGGGCAGUAGAGUCUGCAUAGUUAAGUCUUAAAACCAUGCAGAUGCUUCUUGUAGCAAAUAGGGUUCUUUUGAGGCUAGCGUUUGUGAGAAGGUCAGAUUAAAAGAUGCAGUAUUUAAGUUACAACUUCCCAACUGUUUAUGUAUAUGUCACCAUUUGUAGAUUUUUGUGUUUAAAAUAAUUUGAAUGACCUUACAGUAUAUUUUAAUCUUUUUUUUUUUAAUACAGAAACCUUUGGGAAAAGAUAUAGUAGUGUAGUAUAACACAAAAUGUGUUCUUCGUGAAUAUCUGGAUUUGUAUACUGUGUCCUGAGAAUUAGUUUUAUAUUUAGCAAAAGUAAAUAUUAGCUUUUAUGUUUAAGAAACUUGCCACUCCUUCAUUUGGGAAAUAAAUAUAUAUGCAAAAUGUCUUACAAAUACUUUAUUAGUUGAAAAGGAAAUUCAGAAUAUUCUUGUUAGACCAUAGUACCUUUUUGGGUAUGCUUAGAUAAUAUUUUUAUUGUUAAGGAAGGAAGGUGACUUGGUUUUAAAUGUGGUAAAAAUGGAGAAUCGACUGAAAUUCUUGAGUUUCAAGACUGAACUUUUUGUAGAGAACUGUCAAAACAUAAUUAUUACCAGUGAUAUUUCGAAGAAGCUGUUAGAGUCAGUUAAAUCUUUUUCCUUACGUGGGUAAAAAGAAGUUAGUUCAAAUAAAAGCAGUGGUAUGUACAUACACAUAGAAGUUCUAGAUGCAGUCAGUUCCCUGCACGCUCAGAUUUUUUUGUUUGUUUCUCUGUGCAGCUUUAAUUUUUGAUUUGAUAUAAUGCUCGACGAAUAAAAAUUCAGCUGUGGGGUUUGUGGAUGAAAUGUUCAAGCUAGGUCACGUUUUUUUCUUAUUUUGUAUUUUUUAAAAUGACAAAUACUAUGGAAAUCGGUUUGGCAAAAUACAGGACUUUUUAAAUAGUAUGUGCCAGAUCAUCAGCUUAUCUUAAUACAUUUUUGUUUUAUUUUUGUUUCCAAAUUUUGUAGGAUGAAUCCUUAGUUUUCCUUCUAGCUUCUGUGUAUACUUAAUCUUGUAGGACUUUGGUGGAACCAUGUGUAGGGAGGAAGUAUUUGUGAAACCUUGGUUUGUGUCUAGCAACCUCUAGAUUUGUUUUCAUUUAUUUGAUUACUGAAUUUUAAAAAUGAUGGUUAUGUUCUAUAACAAUAUGUUCAUAUGUCAUAGAAUGAAAUGGUUUGUAUUGGAAAAGGCAGCGCAAUACUUGCUUGACUGCCAGGAUUAGCUCUUAAUAGGCACAAGUACUUAAACCAUUUUUUUUCUGAAAUAUACUAGAACAUUUAAAAAACACUGAAAAAAACCCCAGCACAGUCAGUCUUAUUUGCAUCUGAUAUUAUACAUCAAGUAUUGAACUUUUCCUGAAAGAAACUAGU